CCGAUCGAGCAUUUAUAUUCAUAUUCUAUGAACAGAGUUUUUAUGCAAAAUUGAAUUCAGUAAUUUUUGCAUAGUGGAAUAUCAAUAUAAUGUCCAAAGAUAUUCGAUCUUUCUUCACUGUCCUUUCUCAUAAGCCCGAUAAUUCCACUAAACUUGGACCAAAGCGGUCCCAAACCUCAGCAAUAAUCGAUUCGGAUGAGGAUGUAGUUAAAACAACCCCGGAGAGACAUGCAUCAAAAAAGCGUCCAACAAAACGCAGACCUCAAGUUUUGAGCUCAGAUUCAGAUGAUGAGCAAGUUUCAAAACAAAAACAAACAAAAUCCCCAUCCAAGAAAAUAAAGGAAGCAAAAAAUAAAGAUUUACUUAAGCCAGUUAACAUAGAAGAUGUGUUUAAAAAUACGCCUGUAAAGCAGGCAAAAGUCGAGCAUGGCAGUGAAACUCCGAAGUCAGAAUCAACAAAAAAGCAAAAAAAAUUAAGUGCAAAAAAAUUUAAGAAAGAUACAGAAUUAGGAAUACAUAAUGAUAAAGAUUUUGAACAGACUUUAAUAGAAUUAGAUGGAGAUGAUGAUGUGUUGUUAAGUAAUUUGGAUGUAUUAAAUAAAACCAUUGAGGAGGCAGAAAAAUCAAGAAUUAAUAAAGAAUCUCCAAGAAAAAGACAAAGACGAAAUUCUAGUUCUGAGUCCAAACAAACGCCCCAUAAGAAGCAAAAAUUGCAACAUGUAGAUUCGGGUAUCGAUCCAGAUCAAGAGAGAUGGGAAAAGAGAAGACAUUCUGCAGCUUUAUACCAGAAAUAUUUAAAUAGGGGUGGUCCAAAACAUCAUGGGUCAAAAGAGUUGCCAAAGGGAAAGAAAGAAUGUUUAAAAAAUUUGACAUUCUUAAGAACAGGAGUUUUGGACUCAUUAGAAUCCCAAGAGUUUGAUAAUCUGGUGGUAGAGCAUGGUGGUAAAACAGUCCAUUCUGUAUCAAAAAAAGUUAAUUUUAUUGUUGUGGGUGAAGAACCUGGGCCUGCAAAGUUGGAAAAGGCUAGGAAUUAUAAUAUUAUAGAGAUAUCUGAAGACGAAUUUUUGGACAUGAUAUUGAUAAAAUCCGGAUUGCAACCUAGGUAUUGCCAUAAAACUGUGGUUUCGGAAGACAUGGGUAUUGCUUCCGAAGACGACAGCCCUUCAGCAUCCGAACUUAAAGAUGCAAUUCAAUUAGAAGAUGUUAUGAACGCAUCUCCAAAGAAAAACGUGUGUACACCUGAGCUAAAAAACAAGAAAAAUGGUGAAGCACUACAUUUGAAAAAUAUUGUUAGAGAUUCAAAAAGUGAGGACAGGCGAGAGCCCCAUGAGAUGCCAAUUGAUGAAGGAAAGAAAAUAAAAAAAAAUGACCCUGAAAGAAAUGAAAUUAUUUCAUCUUUGAAAGAACAUCAACAUUCCACAGUUCCAAGUGCUUCUAUGUCAUGGACGGAAAAGUAUAAACCUGUGAAUUUAAAAGGCAUAAUUGGCCAACAAGAUGCCAACAGUAAUAUGUAUAAGCUGAAGAAGUGGCUGGAAAAAUGGUAUCAUAAUCAGAAACCUGAAAUAAGGAAAAAAUUACCAAAACCCACACCUUGGAACCAGUUUGAUGGAAGUUAUUACAAAUGCGUUUUGCUGAGUGGUCCUCCCGGUGUGGGGAAAACAACCACCGCCACUAUAGUGUGUAAGGAAUUGGGUUUUGACAUAGUAGAAUUUAAUGCUUCGGACACGAGGAAUAAAAAGCUGUUGCAUGAGGAAAUUUCGCAGAUGAUGGGCGCCGGAUCGGUGGCCGGAUUUGCUGGAGGUGACAAAAACGUGCACAAACGUCGAGUUUUAUUAAUGGAUGAGGUAGAUGGCAUGGCGGGUAACGAAGACAGAGGCGGCAUUGCGGAACUAAUAAAUUUUAUAAAAAUUUGCAAUUUCCCGAUCAUUUGCAUGUGUAACGAUAGAAAUCAUCAGAAAAUGAGAACUUUGGUCAACCAUUGCUACGGUUUGAAAUUUGCUAAACCUACUGUGGCUCAAAUCAAGGGUGCCAUGUCAACGAUUUGUUUCAAGGAAGGUCUGAAGAUAAAACCCGAUGCUCUGUCGGAACUGAUUUCAGGCACUGGGUGUGACAUUCGUCAAACGUUGAACAACCUUUUUAUGUGGUCGGCCGCAGAAAAGAACCUGUCAGACGAAAUGGUGCACAAAGAAUCGGAAAAGUCCCACAAAGACGUCGUAUUUGGUCCUUGGGACGUUGUCAGGAAGCUGUUCAACGACCGGGAGAACCAUGAUAUGAAUUUAAGCGACAAAUUUAGGUUGUUUUUUUACGAUUACAGUUUGGGUCCGUUGUUUGUUCAAGAAAAUUAUCUGACUGCAAGACCUACAUGUAUAAGCAAAAAUAAAGACAAAGAACAUUUGAUAAGGGUGAUGAAAACAGCUGACUCCUUGAGCUUGGGAGAUUUAGUAGAGUCAAAAAUUCGAGGCACAAAUAAUUGGUCCUUGUUAGAAAGUCAGGCUUUGUUCUCGACGGCCAUCCCCAGUCAUUACAUGUCCGGAUCGCUCGAGAGAGUCAAUUUUCCCGCCUGGUUCGGAAAAAACUCGAAACGAAGCAAAGUUAUGAGGAUCCUAAGCGAACUGCACUCGCACACCCGAACCACCACUUCAGGUGAUAAAAUGAGUAUUAAACUGGAUUAUGCUGUGCCUCUCUACCACUCAAUUGUGAAACCACUUUUGACAGAGGGAGUUAAUGGAAUUAGUAAAUCGCUUGAUGUUAUGAAAUCCUACAGUUUGUUACGCGAGGACUUAAACAAUCUAGUUGAUCUAUGCCAAGGGUUUGGUAACAAAAAUAUCUUUAACGAUGUCGAGUCCAGGGUUAAGUCGGCAUUCACAAGAGCUUACAACAAACAAGUGAUGUUGCCUUUUGCCCCACCAGUUGCUUCUAAGAAGAAAAAGAACGCCGAGGACGCCGAAUUGAUGGGUGAAGACGACGACGAGCUUGAAGAGGAUGUAGAAGAGGACGGUGUUGAAGCUGAUACAAUGAUUAAGGUAAAAGUCAAAAAAGAACCAGCAACAUCAGCGUCAAGUUCAAAAGAGGCCAAGAACAAGGGCGGAAAGGAUAGUGGCGGCAGCAAAAAAAAGGGAAAAAAAUAAUUUCUUUUUUGAUGACUUCUCAUUUUUAAAGUGU